AUGACACCACUGUUCCAGUCCAUCAUGAAACCAUUGUUCCAGUCCAUCACGACACCACUCUUCCAGUCCAUCACGACACCACUCUUCCAGUCCAUCACGACAUCACUGUUCCAGUCCUCCACGAUACCACUGUUUCAGUCCAUCACAACACCACUGUUCAAGUCCAUCACGACACCACUCUUCCAGUCCAUCACGACACCACUGUUCCAGUCCUCCACGACACCACUGUUCCAGUCCAUCACGACACCACUGUUCCAGUCCAUCACGACACCACUGUUCCACUUCAUCACGACACCACUGUUCCAGUCCAUUACGACACCACUCUUCCAGUCCAUGGUGACACCACUAUUCCAGUCCAUCAUGACACAAUUUUUCAGUCCUUAG